UGCUCCGCGCGGCCGUCCCCGGAAGUGGGCUCGGCGUCCUCGGAAGUGGUGUGUUGCUGCCAGAGCCUCGCGGCGCCGUGAGCCAGGAGCGCCAGUGGCGAUGGCCGGGAGGCAGGACAUGUUCGACGCCAUCGUGAUGGCGGAUGAGAGAUUCCACGGGGAAGGCUAUCAGGAAGGCUACGAAGACGGCAGCAGUUUGGGUCGGAUUGAAGGAAGACAGCAUGGCGCUCUGCGUGGAGCCAAAAUUGGGUCUGAGAUUGGGUGCUAUCAAGGCUUUGCUUUUGCGUGGAAGCAUCUCCUACACAGUGAUGCCAGCGAGAGAGACAGCAGGAAGAUGAAGGUCUUGGAGUCACUGAUGGGAAUGAUUGAGAAGUUCCCCUACGAUGACCCUGCUUACGACAAGCUCCACGAAGACCUGGACAGGAUCCGGGGGAAGUUCAGGCAGCUGUGUUCAUUACUGAAUGUUCAGCCUGACUUCAAGAUGAGUGCAGAAGGUUCUGGACUUUCAUUUUGAAGAUGACAGACGGGAGCAGAUAAAACUUCAAGGGACAGAUGUCUGCAUGUUAAGAAUGUGAUUAAAGACGAAACUGAUGGGGUAUUGGUUGUUCUGGAAGUAAGGGUCCCAGUUUGGCCUCCUGCCCCCUGAGGUUUUGUGCCUGGGUCACUGGUGCCCUGUCCCUGUGCUGUGUGAGCGAGACUGCCCACCGCUGCUCUGGUGUGGGAUGCUCCACUGGCCUCCAGCAGGGCAGGCCUGGCUGGUCUUGGACUGUCCCUGAGAAGGAGGGCUGUGGUGACUUGAGGCAGGUAAUGGGAAGUGGGUGUUUCCCCUGAGAGCUCCAUGCGGCAGCCCAGCAGGUAGGUGGAGGUGGCGGUACUCCCCUUUACCCAGGAGGAGACUGAGCCACAGCAGCAGAGCAGGACUUGCACCCACCAGUCACGCAGCCCGAGGUGCUGCCUCCUGGCACUGUGUGGGUGGCUCCUGAGCACCUGAGAACCCUGCCCUCCAUUGCCACUGUGCCGGGCCCCACGGGCUCCAGUGCUCCACCAGGUUCGGUUUGCCUGGACACUUUGCUGGGAAGAGCGGCUGGCCGAUCUUGAGGGGCCCAGGUGUGCCCUUCCCGCUGUCCCCAAGAGGGGGAUGAACUGCACAGCAUUGAGAAAUGGUUAAGCGGAAGUGUUCUGGAUCAGACUUGCCACUGAGCUGCUCUCUACAGAGCGCUGUGCUCACCACGGUCCCCCGCCAGCGCUGGGCGUGGGUUGCUGGAAUGGGUUCCUGCACCUGGGUGGGUGGGCACGUGGUGGCAYGUGUUGACACAUCCCCACUUGGUUGUCCCGAGCUCACCACAGACUGCCUGUCCCACUGGUGUUCUAGAGCGUCUGGCAGCAGCGAGGUGAGGGGACAUGGUGAGAUUUCAUAUCUGAGGGUGCUGCUGCCCUCUUGCUAGGGACAGACAGCAGGUCACAUGGGAGCACCAGGUGCAGGCCCUGUCCUGCAGACUGCCCACAGCCAUCCAGGCCUCUAGAAGUCCUGCGGCGCUCCGCCUCCUGUGUCUCCCCGAUCUCUGAGGACCAGCGGCGCUUUCCCUCGGGCACAGGGUCUGAGGGCCUCUGGCUGCUGCUUCACGGUGGGUUUCUCUGUUUUCUAACUUACCUGUUUAAUAAUGUAU